GCAGGAUCUCUCAACAGCAUGAAAUAACUACUUUUUUAUGGUCCGUAAGUAGAGACAUCUCUACCGUACACGUGUCAACAAUCCACCGACCUCGUCUCUCCUAAACUAUAAAAACGGAGGCGAAAUCCCACCAGCAGCGCCAAAAACCAUCCACCACAGGAAAUCCCAUCGAUGGCGGAGUUUCAUCUUCCCCUUUCCCAAAGCCCUAAUUUCACCACCGCCGAAAUCGACGGCUCACAUUACCCGGCGGAAGAUUUUUUGGAAACCGGAGACGAAAUCGACGGCGAUUACAUCGCUUACCUCAAUUACUUGGACUCCCGGAGCGAUCCCAUCGAGACGUACAGCUACUACGACGACGUGUUCAGCGGAUUCUUCGGCGUUUUUGCAUCUCCUGCAAGGGGAUUCAACUCCCCGGCGAUGGUUUCGGAGGAGCUCCCGGUAGCGGAGCUGACAACGGAGGAGCUGAGGGAGAGAGAUCUGGCGAUCUGCGCGGUGUGUUUGGAGGAGUUUGUUGCGAGCGAGAAGCUGAGUGAGCUUCCUUGUGGCCAUUACUACCACAAGGAGUGUAUUGUACCGAGGCUGAUGACUCGGAACACGUGUCCGAUUUGCCGGCGCGAGUUGCCGACGGAUGCGGCGGAGGAAGGUUGACGUGACAGAACUUUUUUUGUUUUUUUUUUCUUUUCUCCCUCGGCGAUGUAAUUUUUGUGCGGGAAUAUGUUAUAUAUUUGUGAAGUGGUGGAGCAAAGUGGGUAGAAAGCCCAUAAUUGAAGCCCAAUCUAAAAUAACGGCCCAUGUUUAUUUAAUACAGUUUGAUAAACCUUUUUUUGAUCAUGGAAACAAUUUCUAUAGAUUCUUAUCAUAU